GUUUUCGUCGCCUGUGGGUUUUGCGGUUGGCGCCUUGGACCGCAGAAUAGACCCAGCUUGUCUUCGGUCGGGAACCCUACAAGCUCAACUGUGACAGUCCAAGGUACCGGUACGAGCCCAUCGGACGACACCAUUGCAACUACUACUACGACCUCAUCUUCGAGAAAUCUUCAGAUGCAUGGCGGUGGGGGAAAACACACCAUUUGUCAACGAUGCCGAAAACCUCUACCCCGUUGUUCCAUCUGUCUGAUGCACCUGGGCACAGUCGCCCUACCUCUGACGGACUCGAAUUGGUUUACGCCAACACGCGAAGAGGCCUUGAAACGUUCGGCUAUUGCUGCAGUCCCAUCUCUGUCGGAGAACAUGGCACGCGUGAUGCAGCUGAGUAUUAUUGGCGCCACCGGACUAGAAGUGAUGAACAACCGUGGUGACGAUGUGAAGGCGCAUGCAACGUAA